AUGACACAACCUGGGCACCUGAUCAGAGAGUGCCCAAAGUCAGCGGGCCACAGGGGAACAGCUCUGGGCCCUUAUAGAAGAGGAUAUCUGGACCCAGGCCAUUACUCCAGCCUGGUUCCUCAAGACCUGGAAGCAGAGGGAGUAACCCAGCAGCACAGCUGGGGGAGCCAGACACUACUCCCCUCAAAAGUAGACACUGAAUGCCUGGAACCUAUUGUCGCGCUGGGGCGUAUCAGCAACAGAGACCGUGCCAUGCUUCGCAUUGGUGGACAGGUCCACAGUAACAUUGUUGACGAAAAAACAUAUUUCCUGUGGAAUAACUCCCCCUCUGAACCAUUUCUGAGUAUCUCAGAAGCAAAGAGGAGGUUCUGUACGGAGGUGAUACGUAUGGAUGGCCUAAGGCAGAAGCUGCAGAGACCAUCAGUGCUGCGCCGGGUUUCCCAAACAGCUUCCAGACAACAACACGAACCUCCAGAAAAUAGUGGAGCUGUCUCAAUUUGCAAGGAGGAGGCAGAUGCUGUCUGUCUACCCCAGUUGUCUUCCCCACAUAUGGGCUCCUCUUCAAAGCAAAGUCAUCUCUUCCUCCCCUUGAGGAGAGACGACCCAAAGCAGAGCUCCAUCCGGGCAAGGCUUCAUGAUGGCAUCCCUGAGGAGACCAGCGCCCUGUUUGUGAGUGGCUUCUGUCGCUGGCCGGGCUGUGACGUGAUGUCUGAAGAUUUCCCUAGUUUCUUAAAGCAUCUCCAUUCUGAACACAGUCAUGGGGAGAAAAGCAUUGCGCAGUGGAAGGUCCAGCAAGAUAUUGUUCAGUGCAUGGAAAGUCAGCUCAUCCUGGAAAAACAGAAACUCAUUGCGAUGCAACUUCAUCUGCACCUAUCUGGACACAAACACACUGAUAUGGCAGCGUCUGAGUGGCCGCACAGUCUUCCUCUGUUCCUGCCCCAGCCUCAGGUAACGGAUGGAGACAAAGUGCAACAAUGGGGCAUCAAACAUCUGGAGGAGUUUUCCCAGCAUGGCUACAGCAUGGCUGCUGGGGCCGCACACAUUCUCCCAGAUUUGGUCCCUAGUAUUGAAUGUUACAAAUACAGCAACAUCAGGCCUCCGUACACCUACGCAUACUUGAUAAGAUGGUCGAUCCUGGAGUCUGUAGACAAGCAGCGCACUCUGAAUGAGAUUUACAACUGGUUCACCACCAUGUUCUUCUACUUCAGACACAACACUGCUACCUGGAAGAAUGCAGUGCGGCACAACCUCAGCCUGCACAAGUGUUUUGUGCGAGUGGAGGGAGGAAAGGGAGCUGUGUGGACGGUGGAUGAAACCGAGUACCAGAGGAGGAAGGGGCAGAAGUAUCACAGGGACUGUCCAGUUAAGUGGCUAACCUCCUACCCCCGAUACUGUCCAGAGGACCCCUGAACACCAGCAGCUGGAACCCCUGUCAUGCAGACGUGUACAGAACAACAACAAAAGUUAUUUUGUUUUGAUAUAUCUUUUAAAAUGCGUUGUUGAACAAUUCUGUGAUGUUUGUUACAUCCAGAUGUUUUGUACAAAUACAUGAAAGCAGUUUUGGUACUCACUGAUUUUUAAUUCUGAAAAAUAAAUGAAGGCAACAUU